ACAGAGACUUGCUAACUUGGAUAAACUAAGGGAAGACCAGAAAAUGCAAACUUUUUGGGGCUAUUUUGCCUGGUGUACUGUGAGGUCCAUAAACUUGAGUAGAGCCACUAUAAAUGUAUGCUAAGCUUACAUGAUAAUGGGAAUGCAAUUGUUGACCAUGCUCCAUCUGUCCCAUGUGUAUAGCCGUGUUCGGAAAAUUCUGCGAAGUCUCAGCAAAAAAUGACUAAGGAAUCAGUAUUUUUCUAUGACAAUGUGCCCAGACACCCACCUGAGACGUUCAACUGUCAUUUUAAACUUCGCAAACUAAAUAGGUAAGACCAUACAUUGAUCUGGACACCCUCCUGCGGUCUCUGCUGAAUUGUACUUGUACUCAGUAUGUAUCCUAGUGUGACUUAUGUUAUAUUAUUAUAAAACAAUUUGCACUUCUUUCUAUUUGCAUGUGUUAUCUAUUUCAUUUCUAUUUGACUCUAUCACAAAAUGUCAUAAAAUCAUCAGUAUGGUGUAGGUCGUUUUUAAAAAGCGGGCCACAAAUUGACAAAUAUAUUCCUGGCCUCCUAACCCUAACGGAGAUCUUUAAUCAUUCCAAAUGUUUCCUUUCUGGGAGCAGUUACCAGGGAUACUGCUUUAUCAAAUGUUAAUAUAUUUUGCCAGGUUCAGAAGAAACCAUGAAAGGCAGGUGGGUGCUAAACCCAGCCCCUCCCACCAGCUGUUGUCAGACUACAUCACCCAUAAUUCUCUGCCACACUCUAAAACAACUUUAAAAAAAAAAUCAUUAACUGGUGCGGGGCUGAGUUCAAUCCAUGAUUUCUCAUCUUAAAGUUGGCAGUACAUUUUACCUGAUGUCCUUAUCUUCUGGAUCAUAUUUCUUACUAAUACUAAAUAUUUAAUCUUUCUUAUUGUAAUAGUAUUUUAAAUUGUAUGUAGUAUUUUAUUUUAUGUUUUUAAUGUUUUUUAUGCAGCUUCUUGGGAAGUGGAAACCAAGAUGUGUUUUUUACAAACACCCAACGACACCAGAUUGUACGUAUACGGCAGUAGACAACAUUGAAAAUGUCAGGGGGGCAUCUUCUGGCCUGGGGGCAGGUACAAACAAAUCGCCACUUUGUCGGGGUAUGAAACUCUCAUAUCUCAGUGGUGAUGCUCCUCUGUGGGGCAUGCAAUAUAUAAGAUUGUUGGAUAGAGGCUCCUGGAGUCGUGAGAUGUGACCUCAUAUAUCUCUGUGACGUCCAUCAGUAUAACCUGUACAAUGUGACAGAUGAUUCACAGAGAUCGGCACAUGCCUAUGAUACAAAUAUUCUAUUUGACUCCGUUGCCACCAGAGACAACAAGAGCAUGUUUUAGACAUCAAAAAGCACAGUAUAAUCUCACCAUAGAAGUCACUUGUAAACACUGACAUCCUACAUACUAUGUAGAUGUUGGCAGCCUGGUCAGCCCCAGAUACUACUGUCCACUUGGUGAUACCCCAGUGAGCCAGUCCAUAUCUAGAGAGCAUUGAUACUGUGGGCUACUAGCCCAGGCACAAAUCCAAAAAGUGCCUACCUUGCCAACCCUCAACCUUGUCUUGUUUGACUUUUUGGAUAAACUAGCAAAAAAGACCAUCUGGAUAUAUAUUGGCCCUUCUAUCAUUAGCACUUAAAAACAAGUCUAUAAUACAAAAUUAAGUUGCCACGGUGUAAGCACAUAUAUCCAGUCGGAGAUUAACAGGAUCAUCCAUUCCUCCAACUGGAAACCUGCAUGAGAGAGUCUUUCAAUCUCUGGUACCCUCAAGCUAUUAACCCUUAAGGACCUCGAAGAUACAAAUAUUUGUAAUCACCUGAUCUUAAUAAAGAAUUGCUUAAGGGGUAUAAAACAUAGUGAUCGCUGUGACAUGAUUUCUGAAUGGAACUUUGUAGUAUGUAUAAUAUAUAAAUGUAUUUUUUUAACCUGUUAAUGCUGUAUUGCCGUUCUCUUUAAACAAUGGAACAUUAACGAUGCGCUGCUUUGGAAUCCAAAUAAUAAAUCUCUGUUCUACAGUUGUAUGAAAUCCUGGCCAAUGCCCAAUAUGGAGUCAGCUGCCGUGGUGAAGUUGGUGUGGAAAGAUUAUUGAAAGAAGGUGUUUUUAGUGCUGCAUAUCCUCUGCACGAUGUAAGAACAUGCAUAAUCUAAAUAACACCAAAUAAAUACAUAUCCCCACCGUACCCUUACACAGAUCAUAGAGGGACAGUGACAUGGGACACACAACAACAUAGUAGGUCUACUAUGCACAAGGCCUACAUAUACAACACAUUGAGGAAUUAUACUUUCUUAUUCCAUACUCCUAUGUGUUCCAAUGAGUCUUGUAAGAUAUACAGUAAUUGAUUAAUGCUGUUUUGGGGACGGCAGGGUUUUGUUUUGCCAGCAGACACUUGAUCAACCAUGAUAGGAGUAGUAUCUCUACAACAAAUGAUGAGUCCAGUAGAAUAACUUUUCCUGGUUGGCUUAUUAGGUGUCCAUACAGGUAGUCUUGUUUUAGCUAUAGAAAUACAGAAGACAAGUUAGGUGGUACUUUACUGCAUGGCUAAAAGGAUUUUAGAGAGUAAUCUUUCUCUUUAUUUUAUUCAUUUCUUUAUAUAUUGCUGCAUCUGAAGCAGAAGCCCAUGUAGUCUCAAAUGCUUUACAUUUAUGUAAAAACGGAAGCGUCACAUUUACUCUAUAUACUGUAUCUCUGUAGCUUCUGUGGUACCCACUCUUUACCUGUAUUGAUAUUUAAUGUGAUUAGAAUAAUUGUGUAAAACCACACACUAAGAUUCAUGAAUGAAAACAAGAGGUAAUUGAACAUUUAAUGGUAAGGUCUGAUCAUUGACAUGCCAUCUCUCUUCCAUUCAGGGGGAUUAUACUUAUGAAUCAAAAGCUCCUCCAGAUGAACUGACGCACAGACAGAUCCUGUCCAAAUACUGGGCUCGCUGGAGUAAAUGGUACAAAUACCAGCCUCUGGACCAUGUUAGGAAAUACUUUGGUGAAAAGAUAGCCCUCUAUUUCGCAUGGUUGGGUAAGCCACAGCAGAAUUGUGCAGUAAAACUUUUUUUUUUUUAGAUGACUAAGGAUAAGGAGCAUUGCAACAAUGAAAUAUAUUAUAUUUGUAGAUUUGUGCAAGAUAAUAGAAGAAUCUCUCCUGCACACACCAUGUAUAGGUACAGUAGUGAUGGGAGUUGGCAGAAUAAAGAGGAGAUGUCUGUAAGUCACUGCAGUUAG